AUGAGCAAACUUCCGCUCAUCGAACGGCUUCCCAGCGAUGUCGUCGAAAGCGACGAUUGGCUUUCGAAUGCAUUUCCAAUCGUAGAAGAAGAUAACGGAGCGUUAUCUCCGUUCGAUUUGGCGGAUAUAUUUCCGCAACCAGUAGAAACCAUCCCGAAUACGAAUUCGAAUAAUUUAAUAGCUUUAGCUUCUCCUCAAACGACGACGAAGACGUCGUUAGGGAAGCACGCGUUAGCUUCGGCGGAAGUAGCAGCAGUCACUACCAUAGCCGAGACAACAGCGACUGCAACGAAGAAGACGACUACUAGACCGGUGAAGAAGGUGAAGAAAUCAGUGAGAGAAAAAGCCAGAAGAGAUGCGUUGAACGAUCGAUUCGAGGACCUGUCCAGGUCCUUGCUCGAGAGCGCAGACGACGAGUUGAAGACGGAUAAGUCGUCCAUAGUCACCGCAGCGAGAGAGUGUAUUUUGGGAUUGAGAGAACAAUUAGGAAAAUUAAACGCGUGUUUAGCCGCCGAAAGAAGCGAGUGGGCCAAGACGAAGCAGGAAUUGAUCGCGGAGAAGAUUUUGGUCGAGCAAAAGUUGCAGAACUUUAUGGCCAAGAUGCCCUUUGCGAGCGCUAUUCCAAGCACCGGCGGCUCAAAACAUGCCGCCGCCAACGUUGGUAUCACCGGUACUGUUGUUACCGAAGACACUGAUGGAGAUGCGCCACUUGCACCAAUCUUGGUUGUUAGCACGACUACGGCAGAAGAAGACGCCAAAUGGAGAGCGCCACUCGCGUGA